AUGGCGAGGCCAGAGGUGGACGGAUCUGGCACCGGUCGCCAUGGUUGUGGACGGCAUGAUAACGAUGGCAGGAGGGGGGAACCUCCAUGCGACGGGCCGCCUCCAUGGAGAUGGAGCUCCUUCUCCAUCGCGGCCAGCUGGACUUGCCUCGCCGCUCCAUGGACUCGUCUCGCCGUCGCUUGGACUGUCUGCUGCCGUCGCCGCCUGUUGGCCCUCACCAAGAAGGAGAUGACAGAUUGGUCCACGCACGGCCGGGACAGAGGAGUGCCACCGGCCAGCGCGUGCGGCUCUACGUCCGCGGCACCAUCCUCGGAUACAAGAGGUGAGGAUCUCCCUUUGUUCUUUCCCCCUCGCGUGUAUAACGACUAA